CAACAAUGCGACCGCAAGAAGAAGGCAUGGCAGUUGAAGGAGGCGAAAAAGAGGUGUCGCCCAAUCUCGAGCUCCCGAUUCAGCCUACCACAAUCGUGCCGGCCCCAGCUAUCGCUGCACCACGUGUCUUUGGGAUUACCGAACUACUCGAGAUGAUUCUCGUCAACUUGCCUUUGGAAGACCGCUUUGUCAUGCAGCACGUCGACCAGCACUUCAACGCCACAAUCGCUCGAUCAAAGAAACUGAAGAGCAUCAUGCAUCUCGAGUCGCAGAAUAUCCCAGGCGACCAGAUCCCGUUAUCACGCGAGCUUCUCGACUCCGAGGUUUACGAGCUCAAUUCCAAUAUAGGCAAGGACACUGCACUGGAACACGCACUGCUCCAAGUCGGAAUACGCCACAGACAUCCCUAUUUCAAGAUUGGCAACCGUCUUGAAGUAUGGAGCAUCUUUGAAUAUGACCGUGAGCUCGCAGAUGAGACUCCUGAGCCACAGCCAUCGUGGACGCGUGUGCGCAUAGGCAAGGGUGGCUUCCAUCUCAGAGCUGCCAGUUUCCUGAGGUCGCCCGUCAAGAUCCAUGACACAGACCGACUCGGGGAAGACGCGACACUGGGAGAUAUCCUGGAUCUUUUCGAGAAGCAUCGGAAAUGUGAACGACAGCGGGUUUGGGUCCCGGUCGGAGGGAGAGAUAAGGCGGUACUGGAAGAGGAUGAGGAAGCUGUGUUGAAGUUUGAUCGGAGCAUCGAAUUCGACAAAAUUACCCGUUCUCCUCUGCCUGGCACAAAUUGACUGGAAGUUUGUGGUAUAGUGGAACUGGAGAAGCGAGGCAGACGUCUCCUGGCUUGGAUGUUGUCGGUUAUGUCUGGCGAUUCAAAGGUGCGGUGUUUGGUCGAGCUCGCCCAGGAAAAUGGCUCAUUUGC